ACAUAUCGUGCCAAGCGCCGCUCCCACCCGCGCGUCCUCUCCACACACACACACACGCAAGAGCGAGCCACCUGAAGGGGCCGAGGGUGUUCUUCACGACGUCGAGAGGGAGAUCCCGAAGGAGGGUCCCAGAGCACAAGCCAUCCUUCGCACGCAAGAGAGAGAAGAGAGAAAAGCGAAGGACUGAGAGGCGUUGUUUCCGUCGAAGUGGCUCGACCCGUGACUGAGCGCCGUUUAGUCGCCUCGUGACCUGUGGUUCGCGGAAGUGUUAAGUUCGUUGAUUUUGUGUAUAUAUGUGUUUAUUAUUAUUUUAUAUAUAUAUGUAGCGACUGAAACGUAACGAGUGGUAGAGGAUGAUCGCGACACCGAACCUCCAGAAGAAAAGCAAACUGAGAUGAUACGAGGUCCAAUCUCUUCGAGUCGCAUUCCGGUUCCUCACGCGAGCAGUGACAGUGAAAACGAAAGAAAUUCAGACCGUUGUUGACAGGUGUUGUUUCUUCACAUUCUAAAACAGAAAGAAUAUUUAUAUAUAUAUAUAUAUAAAGAAAGUAUAUAUUUCCCAAAGCACUGGAACGGGUAAAGCCUAUGCAAGCUUACCUGUGACCAGAGCUUCUGUGGAGCGACUUGGUAGCGACAGCAAGACGGCCGCCUCCGAGAUCCUGCCUACACGAUGGUCCGCCAAGACGCCUCGCUCAACAUAAGGUGGAGCGCCGGAGUGAGCACGUGUAGCGGGGGACAUGAAGACUCGGGAGACCUGCAGGACCGCAACAACAACAACAACAACAACAACAACAACAACAACAACAACAAAAAUAACAACAAGAACAUCACCAUGACGAGCGAGGAUCUCCUGCAGCCAGGCCACGUCGUCAAGGAGAGAUGGAAAGUGAUACGGAAGAUCGGCGGCGGCGGGUUCGGCGAGAUCUACGAGGGGCAGGACCUGGUGACCCGGGAACAGGUCGCCCUCAAGCUCGAGUCCGCCAGGCAGCCCAAGCAGGUCCUCAAGAUGGAGGUCGCCGUCCUCAAGAAGCUGCAGGGUCGCGAGCACGCCUGCCGCUUCAUCGGCUGCGGGCGCAACGAGCGAUUCAACUACGUGGUGAUGCAGCUUCAGGCCAAAAACCUGGCGGAGCUGCGUCGGGCGCAACCGAGGGGCGCCUUCAGCCUCUCCACCACGCUGCGCCUCGGGCAUCAGAUCCUCAGGGCGAUCGAGGCUAUCCACGAAGUCGGCUUCCUUCAUAGGGAUAUCAAGCCGUCCAACUUCAGCAUGGGUCGUCUCCCUCACAACUGUCGGAAGGUAUAUAUGCUGGACUUCGGGUUGGCUCGGCAGUACACCAACGCCAACGGGGAGGUGCGGACGCCACGCGCCGCGGCCGGGUUCAGAGGGACAGUACGUUAUGCCUCAAUGAACGCACACAAAAACAAGGAGAUGGGGCGGCACGACGAUCUGUGGUCCCUCUUUUACAUGAUCGUAGAAUUCGUCAAUGGACAACUUCCUUGGAGAAAAAUAAAGGACAAGGAACAGGUGGGUCUCAUGAAGGAAAAGUACGACCACCGGCUACUCAUCAAGCACCUCCCGUCCGACUUCAAACAGUUCCUGGAACACAUACAAAACCUUGAUUAUUACGACAAGCCAGACUAUGCUAUGCUGUCUGGUCUAUUUGAGAGAUGUAUGAAACGUCGAGGGGUCAAGGAGGCUGACCCGUUUGACUGGGAGAAGACUCCUACGGACAACUCCCUCGGCACAACCACUACUACCACGCAUGCCGUUAUUACGAAGCCUCAGCAUGUGGACAGCCGUUUGGUGUACGGCGGUGGGGGCGUGACAGACAACAUGCUCGACGACAAUGUCUUGGGCUCAGUGGACAACCAGGAGAACGUGGAGGCGCCCCACGACCACGACCACGACCCGAGGAGACGAAGGAGGCGAGACACCGUCCUACACCAACCUCAGCCGAACAUCAACCAGCAACAGGUGGAGACUAAGGACCGCGUGCUGAACGAUAACAACGUCAAUGCGAACAUCAUCGUCAACAAUGAGAAGGACACGAACGAGGUGGAGAUGUCACCCAAGAAGAGAAAGGUGGAAGAGUUCACCUGCGAGAAAGAGGGAGAAGGAGGUGGGGAGAAGGAGAAGGAGGGACGCCUCGAGUGUUCUACCGACUGGGAUGGAGAUGCGGUCAUGGCCUCCAGACAAGGCCACACCACACCAAGAGGAGCUGGAAACGAGGAUAAUAAGAACAGAAAACCGCUGGCAGUACUAAGGUUAUCAUCAGUAGAUACAGCUGUGGACGAUGUAGAUAUGAAUGUAGAACCUGCUAGCAAGAGGGAAGACCAGUACUCUGUCCAGGAUGGAAGUUACGUUAGCUUCCAGGAUGGAGGGCGGUUGGUGAGGAUGGAGCCCAGCGCAGGGGGGGUGUCUCCGGGAGGCUCCACCCCCCCCACAGAGGGAGACUUCCACCCACACGCUCGCGACCACACCCCGCACCGAAGGACCCACCACAAAAGGUUCCACCCAGUUCAGCGAGCGAAGUACCUGGGUCAUCGCGAUGUGUCCAUCACCCAGUUUGCUCUGGCUGAUGAUGACAAUGUCUCCCAGCCGGCCACUAAGGGAGGGGGAGGAGGUCUUACUUUGGCCUCGCAGUGGAAAUCACAGUUUGACGACUCGGAAGAGACCGACAAUGAGCUGAAGGCGGACAACCUACAGAGCCCUGAGCACAAGCAACGCCUCACCCUGGUGUCCCCCUCGUCCCACGGCCCCGACGACACUGCCAUGACCCCCGUGCAGGACGCGGUGCCUGCGGAAAAGUCCCGGCGAGGCACUGAGCUCUCCAGAAUCAGCGAAGAUGACCGCCAUCGCUCCUCUGAUCACCACACCCACACCCAGGUUCCUGACGUGACGAUGGUCGGCGGCAGCGUGGCGGGCAGUCACGGCAUCGAGGAGUUCCGCGUGGUGACCCGCGCCUCCGGCGGCGUGGAGGAGGCCGGUCCCACCGCGGCCUGCCUAGCGUUGGAGGCGACCAAGAGUCCCCUGCAAGGCGAGCAGGCGGACCACCCUGGCCUGCCCCGCGCCUGGUCCAACCCGCAAAUCUCCAGCCACAUCCGGCCGGGCCUGGAGCCGCCGCAGAUCCACACCACCACCGUCACCGACGCCGUGUUCGAGGUGGACGUCGCCCGCGGCAUCUGCAUCAAGACGUCGCGGGAGGGCUCGCCUCUCACGCCCGAGCGCCGCCAGAGCAUGCCGGACAUCGGCGUGUGCGAAAACGACGACGUGGGCGAGGAUGAGGCAGUCGUCGGAUGCAAGAUCGAGUUCCGAGUGCUUGACAAGGACAGGAAGUUUUCCGAGCCAUCUGGCCCCACCACCAUCGUGGCCAGCCAGACGCGGGUGUCUCGCCAGGAGCUGACUGCCGUCGUGCCCGCGCCGCCCGCCUUCAACGCCGGGGCCGAGGACACGCCCGCGCCCGCCACACUCGACCUGCCCCCUAGCGCGUCCGCCAAAGUCACCGCCCUACAGGCCAGCCCGCACGCGCUGCCCGACGAGCGCUCCGUCUACUACGACGCCCCGCCGCCGGACGACGCGUCGCAGCCCGGCCUCAAGAUCCACGCCAAGUCGACGUCGCCGCGCAGCGACACGAACGAAGAGAGUGCCAAGGGUAGCGACGCCGCCGACGCCGCCGCCAAGGACAAGGCGGACGUGCGGGGCGGCAAGAAGGACGAGGCCCGGCGGCGGCUGGGCGUCGUGGCGCUGCCCAUCGUGCUGGAGGACCACAAGGACCGCGACGGAGAACCGACCACGCAAUACGACUCGGCCGCCCACCCGCCCGACACCAGCCGCUACGAGUCGGCGGCGCACGACCCGACCGCCGGCCCCACAGCGCAGGAGACGUCCCGCUACGAGACGGUGAUGGGCGCGCCGCCGCCCGAUUCCUCGCGCUACGAGACGGUGAUGGGGCAGCGCGACACGGAGCAGCGGACGCGACACGACACGCUGUGCGAGGAGGACAAGUCGCUCACGUCGGAGCGGAGACGGUCGCUGGAGUUCGUGCUCGAGGAGAAGCUGGACAACGACGACAUGAGAAAGAUCUCGGUGAUCAACCUGCAGGACCUGAACACGGCCUUCCAGGUGUCCACCAUGAUGAACAGAUCGCGCACAGUCACGCCGUCGGUGUCGCCGCGAGGAACGCCUCCGCACAGCGAGAGCGGCGGCCGGCGAAGUCGCUCCUCACGCCACCGCCGCUCCUGCGAGGACCUGCUCGAAGAGGGGUCGGAGGAGUCUUCCAGAACCAACACGCCGCGCCCCACGGACCUCCAGCCUCGGUCUUCCCUGUCCCCCGACACGCCGCGGGGCACCGCCGCGCGCAAGUCCCCCGCCGCGCAGGAGGACUCCUCGCAGAAAAGCCGCAUUCCUGUGCCUCUCUGGGCCCGCGCCGCGAAGGACGGCGAGCCCGACAACAGCCACAACGUGCCCUCCGGAGGCAGGAGUCCGCGCUACUCGGAGGCGGAGCGCGCGGAGGCGGCGCGCAGGAUCUCUGUGGCGCUGGCGGAGAAGGUGACGUCCCCGGGCAACGAGGAGGACUCGAGCACGCGGAGCGGCGCGUCCGAGCACCGGUCGGGGCGGGACCGCGGCUCCUCGCGCGAGUUCCAGCACUCCGUCAGCCAGGAGGACCACUCCGAGGACCUCGCGGACCUGACGCCGGCGCUGCGCAGACGCAGGCAAGGCGUCGAUAAGUACGUCACGGACGAGACGCAGCUCAACCUGCGGUUCCAACGGCGCCGCACGCGGCCCAUGUCCGACGUCACGCCGCCGCCGCCCGCGAUGCUGCAGACCAGGAACCGCCAAAGCAGACAGCGCGUGUCCAUGAUCGAGGCUGGGGCGGGCGGCCGCUACUUCGACGGCGGCCGAGGCGUGCCUUCUUACCUCCUGAAGCCCCAGCACGAGGAGUCGAGUGAGUCGGAGAGCUCCCACGCCCGCAAGCCGCGGCCCCCCGCCUCCGAGCCGCCGUCCGCCGCCAGGGACGUCGCCGCCAGAAUCCGCCGCUACCGCCCCCUGAGCGCGGACAGCAGCGACAACUACCGGCGUCAGCAUCCGCAGCGCACCGUGUCCCCGGACUGACAGGAACCCCGGCCCUAGUCCUCGUCAGGAGGAGGUGUUCGGCUCCCAUACCCCCCCACCUGCAGUCCCCUACCGAGCUGCCACCCAUACCCCCCCUCACACACCACCCAGAAGCGCACAAACUCUCCCCCUCCCCCCGCGGUGGGCGUCGACGCAUGCAAAGUGUGCACGCAGGAGCUCAACAGCCAGAGACGGGCGUUCGACGAGACUUACCUCCCGUACCGGCAGCAGGACCUCCCUCCGCAGCAGCAGGUCGUGUUCGCCACCGUGACCAAACUGAAACACAGGCGCAAGAGAAAGGUGUGUGGGUGCUGGCAGAUCUUCCAGCGCGCCCGUGGCAAGACCCUCACGGCCAACAAGAGCCAGGAGAUCGCCAGAGCACGGCUCAACAUCUGCUGAAACGAGGCUGGGAAAGCUGGUCGUCGUCUUCAUCAUCAUCAGGCUUUUUUUUUUUUUUUUUUUUUACUAUCUUUCCGUGUUCCUUUUUUUGAAAAGUAAACGGUGCUUUUUGCCUAGUAGUCGAUGCGAUUUUGAUACUUCUGUCACGUCGAGAACCACCAGUGACCGGAACAUAGGAAUUCAAUUAAGGAUACAUAAUUAUCCUGAAGAUGUGUCGUAGCGAUAACGUAAAUGAUGAAAAGACAGGCCGGAAGUGUCUCUUGCAAGCCACGAGAGCAGUGUGCAGUGCAACACCCGCAAGCACAGAAGAAGACAGGGAAGGAGAAGGUUCCUGGCGCCUCGGGGAGGAAGGGAGGAGCUCGGUCCUCGGCUUCACAAAACUGCUUUAGCUCAGAGUGCCACACUUGGGUAAAAAAAAAGGGUAUUCAAGAAAAAAAAGGUGGAAACGAGAUUAUAGUUCAUAUAGAUAAAAAAUAAUAAGUGUGAUAUACGGGGGAGUGUGAUUCGGGGAUAUAUAUAUACAUAUAUACACGGGAGCUGUUUCCUCACACUGAUUGACGGCAGCCUGGCGGCAGUGGACGCUACCGACCGCCAAAAGGACUCGCUGGCCGCCAAAGAAAAGAAAGACUCCGUUGUCUUAGCAGUGUGAGGAGGGGGCCAUGGGAGCCACACAGUCCUCGGCCGCCGCCACGCAGGACCGGGGCAGCGUGACGCGGGAGGUGCCGUCGUCGCCGCGCCGUCGCCGUAUCGUCGUCGGCGUCGGCGUCGGCGUCGGGUCGUCGGGCGUCGCUUUCGUCGUCGCCGUCGUCGGGAACGUCACCUGCACUUGGUUGUGAUAUUUGCUAUGUACGUUUCUGUGUACCAACACUUGCUAGGUUAGGUUAGUAACUGUGCCAUCCUACGUUGCCAUAGACUUUGACUCUUGACCGGUCACGUGACUGGCCACAACUCCCACAGGUCGCAAGAGUUAUCUUUUCACUUGAGAAAGACAUCGGUUAUGAUUAUAAUAAUAAUAAUAUUAAUAAUAAUAAUAAUAAUAAUAAAUGAUAUUAGAAAGAAAAGAAGACUGGAAAUGAAGAAUGGAUGAAAAAUAAUACAUUUACUUUUAAUGUACAUUAUUAUUUAGAUACGUAUUAAGGCGCCUACGAUCAAAUAUGUGAUGUAAUAAUCCUUAGUGUUUUCUCUGAUCUAGGUACCUGUGUUUUCACUUUUAAAGGGUUCUGGAUGACUGUUGUAAAUUUAUCAAAAGAAGUCAUGAGUUUUAGCCUUUGAUAUUGCUGUUAACGAAACUAUUUUUGGGGAAUUACUGCAAUAUAUACAUAUAGCGAUAUAUAUUCUGGUGAAUCUCAAAAAUAAGGCCUCAAUGCAUAUUUGCCCAGAUACUCAAGUAGCCCCUUUUCACACGUUCACACAUUGAAGCUUCGACGUACCUCUCUUCCUAUGGUGAUGAUAAGAAAUAAAUAAAUAAAUAAUAAAAAAAAAAAACAUUUAAUGAUAACUAAUGAUGAAUGCUGUAAGUAUUUCUAAUAACGGUGCACAUGCAGUACGCUGAUGAUGCAUUUUUUUUUUUUUUUCUUUUUUUUUUUUGAAUAAGUUUAUCGAGUCAAAAUGUUGGGUUCCAUUUUGUUGCCCCCCCCCCUCCCCCCUUUACCCCUUCUCUCCCCCCCUUAGUCUCCUCCCUAUCCCCUCCUACCCCUCGUGCCAUCGCCUGUGUUGCAGGUUUGUUGAUAAGAAUGCUCCCUAACUCCAAUGCAAUUAAUUUCUUUGCGAAUAUUUAGAAGUGAAAGAAGUCCAAGUAUUAAAAAGUGAUAAAGAGAGGGAGAAGAAGGAGAAGGAGAAAGCUGGAUCACAUAAGAAGGCGAAGAGAACGAUAGGAAGAGAACAAGAGAGAAGGGAAGAGGCAUAAGAAAAAGGAAAUUGACUCGAUAUCGUCGAAAAUGAGCUUAAGAAUCAGGGAGACAUCUAAGACGGCAACAUUUCCUCGUGAAUGUUGCCGUCUCGCUAUCAGGUCUUUCUAAGUGUCUUGGGAUCAAGUGUAAUAUAUCUUGUUCGAAAAUGAUAAGGAUAAGACUAAAACUUAAAAAAAAAAAAAAAAUGAAGCAGCUCAAAUGAAAAAAAAAAUAAUAAUAUGAACGAAAAAAAAAGCUCAAUACUUUGUAAAUUGGUUUAAAAAAAAAAGCUAGUCAGACCCCCAUGCGUACCAACAUUACGGGAAUAUACGUACAUAACCUUUUGAAUGAUUGAUUUCAACUGGUUUUCUAUCUUCACAUAAACCUGGAGGUUAUUUCCUUUAUUUUUUAAUUAUUUUAUUUUGUCUGUAUUGCAACUGUGGGUCACUUUGAAGAGAAUCAUUUUUUUUUGUGUCAAGUUGGUAGGCCUUUCUAGUCACGAAUUUUUACCCUUCUAAAAAAAAAAAUGUUUUUCUUCAAAUUGCAUCUCAACUUUGUAAAGAAUGUGUGAUGUGCCCUUUUCAUUAAACAAUAAAACAUUCAGUUAGCACAACAUUUUUGAAAAACAAAAAAAAUUGGUCAACAAAAUCGAUGUGUAAACAAAGCACCUUGGUCUAUAGAAAACGGAAUACUUCAAAUACACCAGGAAAAUGAUUCAAUAACCAACAGACUCUUUCAGAAGUAUUGUAUAAAGUCCAGCUACACACUCAGCCUUGGCAGAGAUGACAGGGAGUGCUUGGCAGGGUUGAGAACGACAGGGAAGCCCUCGAUGAAGCUCCGAGUCUCAACCCUUUCGAAGCUCCAUGACACACCUGUCACAAUGAGGCAAUCAUACACCUGUUCUCUCCCUUUUCCGAGGUUGUAACAAAGACGAAUAACACAUUUUAUAUAUUAAAUAUAUAUCAUCUGGAUGUUAAGGUUGUAAAAUCAUUGUAAUUCUCCCGAUUAACCAAGUCAUUGUGAUUUUUUUUUUUCUUUUUUUUUCCUUCAUGAUUUAACUCGGUCGGUUUUAUUAUACAUAUCCAUCGGGAAUGAACCUCGUUCUUUUCUUUACGAAUUAAAAGACUUAUUUUGAAAAAGAAUAAAGGAAUAACGAUAGUGAUAAUACUUCCUCCUAAACAGCUAAGUUAACCUUGCUUGAAGGUGCUUGACAACAAUGCUUCAAGGUCUGGAUAUGAGUCGAGAGAGGUUUCGACACGCGAAUCUCGGAGGUUCGAGUGAAUCUUUAUGAGAAAUGGUAUAUAAAACAAUGAUUUAAAAUGCUGAUAGUCAUACGCUAGUCACUAUUGGGUAUGGAAGUGUCUACAUUAAUUAAAAAGAAGAUGUAUUUAUCAGUCAAAUGAUUAAUUAUAAUAAUGAUAAUGUUAAUAAUGAUUAUGUCUGGAAUGAGGUUAGAUCAUUUUUUUUUCUCUGUUUUAAAUGCCUUGAUUUUUUAAACAAAAAACUUAGACUAGUAGGUAUUUUCUGUGCAUCUGCUCGAAUCUCAUUUAUUAACCUCCUUUCUACGAGAAAGAACUUUUUAGCUUAAGAAUUAAACAAAAAAUACAAAAAAAAAAAUAAAUAAAAGAAAAAAAAAUAAUAAUGAAGUCAUCUCACUGCAUUUGUGGCUGUAAGCGUUAACUAGAGGAACCGAUUUUUAAGGGAAAUUAAGAAAUUAAUCUUUAUUAAAAAACAAAAAAAUACAAUUAAUCAAAAGCAGAUUGCAUGCAAAAAAAAAAAAAAAAAAAAAAAAAAUUUACUCCACUUCAUUUUCUGCCAAAAAAACACUGUACACACUCUCCCCCGCCCCCCUCCCUCAGACUACCUGACCCCCCCUCCCCCCCUCCCUGCCCUCCGCGGGUGGGGAGGGGGUGGGGCCUCGGUCACCCGGUGUUCUGGUCAUUAAUACUCUUUUAAGACGUCUGUGUCCCAUGUGCGUGUUUUAUACUGACGAGUUGCCUCUUGUUGAAUCCGAGCUUUUUCUUGGUAGAGCUUUGUUCUGUCUCUGGGAGAGGUAAGGAAGCUCUCUCUAUGCUCCAGCUUCCGCCCUUGCCGCUCCUUAGACUCGACUUUCGAAGUAAAAGUAAGGUUUGUCUUUUUUUUUUUAAAGUCGACUGAUCUCUCGGGAGAGCUGUGGGCUUCGUCGGGCGCACGGAAGGAGCUUUUUUUUUCCGUCGAGUGGGAGAGAGAGAGAGCUUGCGACUGUGAUACAUCGUGGAGAGCUUUUUUUUUUUUUUUUUUUUAGUGGAGCUUUUUUUUUAUUUAUUUAUUUGGGUUCCUCUUUACUUGGAAUGAAGAAAAUGAGUGAAACAGAAGAACGGAGAGAAAAAAGAAAAAGAAAAGAUAUAAGAACUAUAUAAAAACCAAAAAGUGGAGCUUCCUUACGUCUCCCAGGAGCUUGAUAGAGCUUUUGUAGUGCGUACUGGGAGGUCUGUUCGAGUCUCAAUAGGAAAAGAGAGACCUGUUGGAAAAUGAAUAAAGAAAUAAUAACGAUGAUAAAAAAAAGAGAAAUCGAGGAAUUUCUGUGCUUGUAUGGAGGCGGAGAUAAUACUCAAGCAGAAGAGCGCUCGCGAUCCUCGGCCGAGCUGUUCCUCGGGCGCUGCUUCGAGGCAAACGCGCAGACUCCGGCGGGAAUCUAGAGCAUUAUUAUUAUUAUUUUCAUCAUUAUUGUUAUUAUUUUUAAAAUCCCCUUCGUCCCUCGUUCUAGAAACCUGCUGGUUAACUCUGCGUGAUGAUAAAACAAUAUAGAUAUAUGGGCACAAUUACACCGGGUGAAUUAAGAGGUAUUGUUCAAAAGGAUGAGUCAUAAUGACUCGGUAUGAGACGAUAACAGAGAAAGAACAGGAAUACAUGAAACGAAAGAAAGGAAGAGAAAAAAAACCAAGAUAGAUAAACUGACAAUCACCUUAUAAUAAAAAGAAAACUACCCGUAGCACUAUUAGUCUUAGUAAUUCAAAUAUGUGUGCCACCGAAUCGAAGUUUGCAAACGAAGCAGUGUCCGAGCAGAACAGAUUGUCCGAAUAAGCGUCUCUUUCGACGGUGUGUGUGUGUGUCCUUCAUGCAAAAAAAAAAAAAAAAAUGAGCAUAUAUAUUUCGUUCCGUAAGCCUUACAUGGGUGAACCUAGUAUGCAGCAGCAGCAAACAGAAACAAUUAAAUAAAAGAUAAAAAAAAAAACAUUAUAAAAAACGAUAAAAUGUUUAAAAAAAGCUUCAUUAACUAUUCCAGAAUGGUUCAGUGAGUAGACAUUUUUUGGCGAUACCGAUAUCAACUGACUGAUUGCCCAGGUUUCUUUACCAGUGCGCUGAUUACGGCUUCUUACUGUGUUUCAUUUACGAAACUAACUUUUAUUUAAUUUUUUUACUUAUUAAUGUGGUUACUGGCCGUCUGUACUAUAAUGUCCAGAUUGUAUAUUUUUGUUCCGUGUACUUAGAUUGUUAUUUACAAUUAAAUUAUAGCAAUGCCUUCUA